AUGAACAGCAACAUAACUUCGCGCUUCGAUAUGGCCGCUGAGAUUGCGUCCAUAGCAUUGGACGAAUUCAAAUCGCACCAUGUUGAUUGGAAUUAUACGGGACUGAUACAGCGCUAUUACCAUUUGGUCGAGCGAGACUUCGGCGAUCCCCGCGCCACACGUUUCCCCCUAAUGGAGCAUCCCCUUUACACAUUCGGUUUGGUUGGCAUAUACCUGUCUUGGGUCCUCUUGAUCGGACCAACAUUCAUGCGCGACAGAAAACCCUUCCAACUGCGGCGUACAUUAGUCAUCUACAAUGCCUUUCAGGUGGCGUUAAGCGCGUACAUGUUCUACGAGCAUCUGAUGGCUGGUUGGCUGAAUAACUACAAUUUGAAAUGUGAACCCGUGGAUUACUCAGAUGGGCCAAUGUCAAAACGGAUGCUGAAUCUCUGUUACGUCUACUACCUCUCGAAAUUGACUGAAUUUGCUGACACAUUCUUCUUUGUGCUGCGGAAAAAAUCGUCACAAAUAACAUGGCUGCAUGUGUACCAUCACUCGGUAACGCCAUUGGAAACCUGGGUGCUCGUAAAGUUUUUGGCUGGUGGCAAUGCAACAUUCCCCAAUCUGCUGAACAAUUUCGUGCACGUCUGCAUGUAUUUCUACUAUAUGAUGUCUGCCAUGGGACCAGAAUACGCCAAGUUUCUGUGGUGGAAGAAGUAUAUGACUGAAUUGCAAAUCGCCCAAUUUGUGCUCUGCAUCGUGCACACCACCCGCGCUCUCAUCAGUUCCCAAUGCCAAUUCUCGAAAUUCAUCUCUUCGCUGCUGCUGUUGAACGCCUCCAUCUUCUUCUGUCUCUUCAUGAACUUCUACAUGGCCAGCUACAAGAAAUCGCAGAAUCAGAAAAUGACCAUUGCCGCCAAAAUGAACGGUGCGCCGCCUGCGCAGAAUGGUUGCGCAACGAAAAAGAUUAUGGAAAUGAACAACAACACUAUGGACACGAUGGAUGCUAUUGGCUUGUUGACGCUGAAGGAAAAACUGAAUUAAGUAUGUGAAAACCAAGUGGAGCCAGACUUUCCAUGAACCGCUUAUUGGCCAUAAGUAGCAGACAAAUUAUGUGUUUUGACAAUUUUUUUUU